AUGUACUGUAUACACAUUAGCGCACUGUUGGUUGGAUGCGCUGUUCUUACGGGUUAUGCGACGGCUUUCAAUGCUGAUCAAUGUAAGUUCCUUUCUCCUCAAUUGCCUUAGUCUUACCUGCAGUGAUAGUCCUUACUUUAGUCUUAACCCCAGUUCUGCUGCUAGCUCAUACUCCUGCCCUAGUCAUUGCUCUAGCCCAAUCUUUAACUCUAGGCUUACAGCUAGAGUUAUGGAUUGGGCUCUAGCCUUUACCCUAUGCCUGACUCUUAUCCUAGACGUAUCCUUUACUCUAGUCCCAUUGCUUACUCUAGAUAGUCCUAACGCUAUUCUUAGCUCUUUCUGUAGCCCUAGUUUUUAAUUAUAGUUGUAGCUCCUAGUCUUAUCUUAAUUCUUAGCCUUUCUUCUAGUCUCAGCUCUUAAUAUAGCCUUAAGUUUAAUCUUAACUUUUGCUCUGGCUCUCACUCCAGCGCGGCCUACUCAAACUCUUUUAUCUUCUUGCCUUACUCUUUCUUUACACUUGCUUCAGCUUUUGUCCCACCACAGGCAUACACUAGUCUUAACCUAUUCUUACCUCUGUAGCCUGCCUUGGUCUUACCUUAUCCUGCUUUACUUAACCUAACAUCACAUUUGUCUUUCCUUUACCUCAUCCUGAUUAAAAGUUUUUUUAAAAUAAUUUUCUGUAACUCUCUUUUUUUCAGUAGUAAAAAAGUGUUGCACGGCAGAAUCAGAACAAUGUUGCCUACAACAGUUGAAUAAGGGCGAAACGAAUGAUGACUGUAAAGCUUUCAAAAACCAUACGAUAUGCAUGGAGAUGGAGCUACAUAAAGAGUCACUUUUGGCUGUGAAAAGUAGGUUACACCUUUAAAAGUAGCUUAAAACUCCUUUAGUCUUAAACUCAUUUUUAAGCAAAAAGUUUUUUUAAACCUUUCACUUUCAAGUCUAAAAUUUUAUUUUUAAGCCUAAAAUUAAUUUUUCAGCUAACGAAAAACUAGCCUAACAAAAAUGAUAUUCAAAUAUUUCAGCUGAAAACUGUUGCUGGCUACUAGAGUCUCGAACUUGUCGUCGUCAAUGUGUCAAAAUGCUCCGCUCCAUUGCCAUUCCACCUCAAAUCCGAAUCGAAAAAGCGAUGGAAUGUUCGAGAAAGAAGGUCCGCUCUCAGCGGCCUCAAGGCUGCAUCGAAGAGUCGUUGGAGAAGUACGAACAAUGCUUCCCAUCUUGUGUCAUGUUCCAACGUCUACAACAAGGCAACCAGAUGUACGAGUACGCACCAGCACGACACUGUGAUAUCAUGAAGAAUAUUGAUAACAAAAACCCAUGUAUCGUGCCAGAUUACAUGGAUGCGUAG